ACGCUCAGCGCUUAGGGUUUUCAUCUGCAAGAAUGGCUGAGCAGACUGAGAAGGCUUUCUUGAAGCAGCCAGGAGUUUUUCUCAGCUCAAAGAAAACAGGUAAGGGCAAGAGGCCCGGAAAGGGAGGCAACCGUUACUGGAAGAGCAUCGGUUUGGGCUUUAAAACUCCUCGCGAGGCUAUUGAAGGUACAUACAUUGACAAGAAAUGCCCUUUCACGGGAAAUGUUUCUAUUAGAGGUUGUAUCCUUUCCGGUACUUGCCAUAGUGCUAAGAUGAACAGAACAAUCAUUGUUCGCCGUGACUACCUCCAUUUUGUGAAGAAGUAUCAGAGGUAUGAAAAAAGGCACUCAAAUAUUGCUGCUCAUGUGUCACCAUGCUUCCGUGUGAAAGAGGGUGACUACGUCACCAUUGGUCAAUGCAGACCAUUAUCCAAGACCGUUAGGUUCAAUGUUUUGAAGGUGAUUCCUGCUGGUUCUGCCAGUGGUGGAAAGAAGGCAUUCACUGGACUGUGAAGUGUAGUUUCCUGUUAACUUUUAAAAGUUUUCUAAGUAAUGAUAUUAGACUAUGUUGCUUGAUGUCGAGUUCUUAUUUGUUUGGUCUUUAUCCUACAUUUUGUACUCUAAAUUAUAGAAUGCAUUUAAAUUUUGGCAAAAAAAAAAAAA